CGUGACGUCUUCCAAAGUUAAGCAAACACCUCCUCCUUCCCAGCCCCCCAGCCCAAUUUCUGCUGGGAACUCGCCGCCGAUUCUGUCCCGACUUGGGAGCCCAGGACUGCAGGGGACCGGUUGGCGUCCCAGAGCGGACAGGAUUUCUAAGGAGACCACAACUGAUCUACAAGCCCUCCUGUCCUUUGUUGCUCUGUUUUCUCACAUUGCCUUCACAGUCAUCAGGUUUCAAGAUGCUUCAAAUACACAGGAGCAACCUGACCCCACUAAGGGUCAGCCUCUCCAGAGCCCUUCACCACAAAGCUGUCAUGGCUCUCAGACGGGAGGAUGUCAACGCCUGGGAGAGAAGAGCGCCUCUGGCUCCCAAGCACAUCAAAGGGAUCACCAGUCUGGGCUACAAGGUCUUGAUACAGCCUUCCAAUCGGCGGGCCAUUCAUGAUAAGGAAUACGUCAAAGCUGGUGGCAUUCUUCAGGAGGACAUUUCCGAAGCUUGUCUAAUUUUGGGAGUUAAAAGACCUCCAGAGGAUAAACUAAUGCCCAAGAAAACUUAUGCAUUCUUCUCCCACACAAUAAAAGCUCAAGAGGCCAAUAUGAACUUGUUGGAUGAGAUUCUAAAACAGGAAAUCCGACUUAUUGAUUAUGAAAAAAUGGUGGAUCAUAGAGGGGUACGAAUAGUGGCAUUUGGACAAUGGGCCGGUGUGGCAGGGAUGAUCAACAUUUUACAUGGAAUGGGUUUAAGGCUCCUUGCUUUGGGACAUCACACACCUUUUAUGCAUCUUGGCAUGGCUCAUAACUACAGGAAUAGCAGCCAGGCUGUGCAAGCUGUCCGCGAUGCUGGCUAUGAAAUAUCUCUGGGUUUAAUGCCAAAGUCGAUAGGGCCCUUAACAUUUGUAUUCACAGGGACUGGUAAUGUAUCCAAGGGAGCCCAAGAAGUCUUUAAUGAACUGCCCUGUGAAUAUGUGGAGCCCCAUGAAUUAAAAGAAGUUUCCCAAACUGGAGACCUCAGGAAAGUGUAUGGGACGGUGUUAAGUCGACAUCAUCAUCUUGUCAGGAAAACAGAUGGUGUGUAUGACCCUGUAGAGUAUGACAAACAUCCUGAGCGGUACAUAAGUCGUUUUAAUACUGAUAUUGCACCUUAUACAACUUGUUUAAUUAAUGGAAUCUACUGGGAACAAAACACUCCUCGCCUAUUAACCCGCCACGAUGCUCAAAGUCUCUUGGCUCCAGUCAAGUCCUCAGUUGCUGCUGUUGAAGGCUGCCCUGCAUUACCUCACAGACUUGUGGCAAUAUGUGACAUUUCAGCAGACACAGGGGGAUCUAUAGAUUUCAUGACGGAGUGUACUACAAUAGAGCAUCCUUUUUGCAUGUAUGACGCUGACCAGCAUAUUAUUCAUGAUAGUGUUGAAGGCUCUGGGAUUCUGAUGUGUUCUAUUGACAAUUUGCCAGCACAACUUCCAAUUGAAGCUACAGAAUACUUUGGAGACAUGCUUUACCCUUAUGUUGAAGAAAUGUUAUUAUCGGAUGCAUCACAGCCUCUUGAAAGUCAGAAUUUUUCUCCUGUGGUGCGAGACGCAGUGAUCACAUCCAACGGUACAUUGACUGAUAAAUACAAAUAUAUCCAGAAACUUCGAGAGAGUAGAGAACGUGUUCAAUCAAUUUCAAUGAGUACCAAGAAAAAGGUCUUGGUUCUUGGAUCUGGCUACGUGUCUGAACCUGUGUUAGAAUACCUGUCAAGAGACAGAAACAUAGAAAUAACAGUAGGCUCUGACAUGAUGAAUCAAAUUAAACAGUUAAGCAAGAAAUAUAAUAUCAAUCCUGUUAGCUUGAACAUUUGUACACAAGAAGAAAAGUUGGGCUCCUUGGUGGCAACACAGGAUCUUGUCAUCAGCCUGUUGCCUUAUGUGUUGCAUCCUAUCGUGGCCAAGGCAUGUGUCGCAAGCAAAGUUAACAUGAUCACUGCAAGCUACAUCACACCAGCCUUAAAAGAACUGGAAAAGAGUGUGGAGGAUGCUGGAAUCACUGUCAUUGGUGAAUUGGGAUUGGACCCUGGGCUGGAUCACAUGUUGGCAAUGGAAACAAUCGAUAAGGCCAAAGAAGUGGGAGCCACGAUUGAAUCUUACAUUUCCUACUGUGGUGGGAUCCCAGCCCCUGAACAUUCAGACAACCCUUUGAGAUACAAAUUUAGCUGGAGUCCAGUGGGCGUUUUGAUGAAUAUCAUGCAGCCUGCCACCUAUCUGCUCAAUGGAAAGGUCGUGAACGUCACAGGAGGGGUGUCCUUUUUGGAUGCAGUCACUUCCAUGGAUUACUUCCCGGGACUGAAUCUGGAAGGGUAUCCCAAUAGAGACAGUACCAGAUAUGCUGAGAUCUACGGCAUUCCAUCUGCCCACACGCUGCUGCGGGGGACACUGAGGUAUAAGGGAUAUUCCAAAGCUCUGAAUGGAUUUGUAAAACUGGGUCUGAUCAACAGAGAGGAAUAUCCUGCUCUUCGACCUGAGGCCAACCCUCUCACCUGGAAACAACUCCUCUGUGACCUAGUUGGGAUUUCACGCUCCUCCACGUGUGAUAUGCUUAAGGAAGCUGUCCUCAAGAAACUGGGAGGGGACAAAAGCCAGCUGGAAGCUGCUGAAUGGUUGGGCUUACUUGGGGAAGAUCAAGUCCCCCAGGCUGACUCCAUCGUGGAUGCCCUCUCCAAGCAUUUGGCCUUGAAGCUCUCCUAUGGCCCUGAGGAAAAAGACAUGAUUGUGAUGAGAGACAGCUUUGGAAUCAGACAUCCUUCUGGACAUUUAGAAAAUAAAACUAUUGAUCUUGUGGUUUAUGGAGACUUCAAUGGCUUUUCAGCAAUGGCUAAAACUGUGGGGUUACCCACUGCCAUGGCAGCCAAAAUGUUGCUGAAUGGUGAAAUUGAAGCCAAAGGCCUGAUGGGGCCCUUCUCAAAGGAGAUCUAUGGGCCCAUUUUGGAGCAGAUUAAAGCAGAAGGCAUUAUAUAUACUACACAGAGCACAAUCAAGCUAUAAUUGGGAAUUUUAUUGUUUUUAUCUUCCCAAACAACACAACUCUCAACAUUUGUGUGAUAAAUAUGAUUGUUAAUAUGCUAUUUUAUAAAGUAUAAAGCAUGAUGUAUUUUGAUUAAGUUAAUACAAUGACUUUUGAAAUGCAAAUCUCUAUUUUAAAAUGAAAUUUUUUAGAAUAGGAGAAGGUUUGUCAUUACCAGAGAAAUUUAGUAAUUCUACCAUGUACUUUUUCAUAUAUAUAUAUAUAUAUAUAUGUACGUAAAAGUGAUAAUUAUCAUAUGUUAAUUUAUUAUGCUUCAUUUUUCUUAUAAGAACAUAUUUUCCUAUAAUCAGCAAAUGAAGUUUUACUAUUUUAAUCAGGAAAAUUUCUCAUAUACUUAUAUUUUUAUAUUUUAAAGUGAUUGUUAGAUAUCUUUAGAUUACUUAUCUACAAACCUUUUAAAAUGUUAUUUUUGUGCCUUUUUUUGUAAAGUUAUCAUUUGUUCAGUGAAUGCCAUUUUUAAUUGCUUUCUCUGGAGUGUUUGGAAAAGGAAAUAGAUGAGAUUUAAUCACAAUCCACAUUGAUACCUUCAUUAGGCACAGAAAAAUUAUUUAACAAAAUCCAGUAUCCUUUAAUAAUAAACACACACACAUACUAGUAAUAGUAGAGCACUACCUGAUAAAAUACAUUUAUGAAAACGGUUUGUAUCAUGCUUAAUGAUGAAAAACUGAAUGAUUUCUCCCUAAAAUCAGAAAUCAGACAAGAAUGUUUACUCAACCUAUACUGGAGGGUCGAGCCAGGGCAAUUUAGACAAGACAAUAAAUAAAAGACAUCUACAUGGUAAAAGAAGAAGCAAGCUCUAUUUGCAGAUAAUAUAAUCCCAGGCAUAGAAAUCUAAAAGUAAUUCAGAAAAAAUCCAAAGACUGACUUACAACAAAACAAAACAUUAGCAUUAAUAAAUGAGUUCGGCAGAGCUGCAGGAUACAAGAAUAAAAUGCACAAAUUGAUUGGUUUCUAUAAAGUAUCAAUGAAUGAACUAAAAAUGAUGGUAAGGAAACCACUUUCAACAGCAUCAAAAAGAAUAAAGUAUCAAUAGAGUUGAGAGUCCAGAAAUGAUGCCUACAUUUUAAUUUUUGAAAAAGGUGCUAAGAUUAUUCAAUAGGGAAAAGAUAUUCUUUUUCAUCAAAUGGUGAUUAGAAACAUGGAUUUCUACUUGCUAAUGAUGAAGUUAGAUCUCUUCCUCCUACCACACACACACACACACACACACACACACACACACACACACAAAAGAA